UGUGAGAAGCAACUCAGAGAGACUCGCUCAUAGAGGCAAAGUUAUGGCACGGACAUCCCCGAAGAAAAAGGUCCCGCAGCAAUCUCUCUCUGCCAAAAAGUCCCUCACUGGUGAUGCGCACAUUAUUCUGGGACGCACAACCCCGGAGCGAGAAAACCCGAAAUUACGCGUCAAAUUGAACUAAUUGAAUAUUGUGGAAGAAGCGCGUCGAGGACUGAAGGAGAUUGCAGCUCUAUCUCAAGACGUCAAAUGACGCAAUUCACCGCUUAAGUGCCAAGGUGCCUGAAUUGCUGCAUCUGCUUGAACGACCCUUUUCUCGCCUCCCUAGCAGUGUUGAGUGGAGCGGGGGCCACAAUGCAACAGGCCUGUGAAGUGAAGAUCACAACCAGCUCACAGCUACACACGGCUUGAAGCUAACCUUGCUGCAACCAUAGUUACAAGUGCCCUUCGACCAACCUGAGAAUGACACUCGAAGAAUAGGACUCCUGAGUUUAUUCUCCACCUCCAACCACAGCUUCAGGCAUACUACCAAAUCUGCAUUAACAGUGAAACCAAGGCAGCCAUGAACCUGUUCAGGAAGGAUGCCAUGGCCUCAAAGAAGGAGAAGGAAAAAGAGAUCCAUUAUGAGGAUCCUCCAGAUGGAGGUUGGGGCUGGAUGGUGGUGCUGCAUUGCUUCUUGGUUAACGUCCUAGUGAUGGGAACACUUAAGAGUUUUGGCAUCUUCUUUGUGGCAUUCCAAGAUGAGUUUGGAGGCUCAUCAGAAAGUAUCAGCUGGAUCGGUUCCAUCAUGUCCAGUCUGCGUCUGUCUGGAGCGCCCAUUGCCUCUGUGGCCUGUGCCAAGCUAGGAACCAGGGUGACCGCCAUCGUUGGGGCGUUGCUGGUUAGUGGAGGCUUCCUCAUCAGUAUUUUCGCCAACAGUGCAGUGUUCCUCUACAUCAGCAUGGGAGUGAUAGUUGGAAUUGGUUUUGCACUACUUUACCAAUCCUUCUCAGUCGUCACAGCGCUGUACUUCCGAAGGAGGUUAGCAACAGCGUAUGCGAUUGCACGUUCUGGGAUGGGUUUAACCUUUGCCCUCGCUCCAUUCACUCAGUUGCUCGUGGACCACUAUGCUUGGCAAGGUGCAAUGCUGAUUCUUGGCGGUCUCAUGCUGAAUCUGGUGGCCACUGGGAUGCUCCUGCGACCAAUCAAUGUGAAGCCUCCAGUUUCAAACCUUACCUCUUCUCCUAUUCAAAAGAGCCCUGCUGUAUCCCUUAAGAGCUCCUCGGAGAAGGAAUACAAUAAGAGCUGCUUGAAUGGCUCCUCUCCCUUAUCCAAUGGCAUCUCCAAAGCAGACUCAUUCCCAUCCCCUCCUCCUCCUCCUCCUUCUCACACUGAGAACCUCGGGGGCCAAUGUACUCAGGGACACCAGGACCAGUCAGUGAACCAUGAACUGACCAGACUGGUCCUCAAUGGUGUGAAUGGCCAAGAGCCCCACCAUGACUUGGGUCAGUGUAAACCCACAACUCCAGACAGCUCUGCUGGGCUCAAGGGCAGCCUGAAUGGGUCCAGCAUUGUUGGACUUCCCUCGCAUGCGAGCACACCGAGUGAGGUGACCGACAAAAAUACCAAAGUACUGGAUUUCUCCCUUCUUAAGGACCCAUUCUUUUGUAUAUACACUUGGUCCUUGGUCUUCAGCCAGCUGGCCUACUUCAUCCCCUAUUUCCACCUGUCCGCUCGAGCCAGAACCCUGGGCAUCGAUGCCAUGGAUGCGUCAUUCAUCAUCUCUGUGGCAGGUAUCACAGAGACCAUUGCCCAGCUGGCCUCGGGCUGGUUGACAGACAGGAACCUGUUCCAUAAAUACCACUACCACAAGGCCUACCUGAUCCUCUGCGGCCUGGUCAACCUGCUCGCUCCCCUGGCAACCUCCUACAUCCUGCUGAUGUUUUACGCUAUCUUCUUUGCCAUCUUCUGCGGUGGAUACAUGGCUCUGCUCCUGCCCGUUCUAGUUGAUCUCGUUGGUUCAGAGAAACUCAACAACUCAAUGGGCUUCUCAAUGUUCUUUGUCGGCCUGGGUUGCCUGACAGGACCUCCUUUGGCAGGCUUUCUGUACGACUACACUCAGACUUACGACUGUUCUUUUUACCUGGCUGGACUCUGCUAUCUGCUCUCCUCUGUCUCUCUGUUCAUGGAGCCGCUGGCUCAGCGCUGGAAGGCCAGGAACGAAGUGACCCGGACCAAUCGAGCAGAAAGCAGCUGUAAGACCAACGGCUGCUUCACCCCCGACCGCCUGCAGAACGGCGCUGUGUAGGAAUGAAACCCAGGGAAGGCCUUCGAUCUUGAACCAGCAUGCUCAUAACUUGCCAUGGGCCUGCAUACCUUGGACCUUGGACUCCAGCUUAAAAGUUGGGACCCAAGUGACCCUUAAUUUCAGCUGGAGCAAAUCAUGGGCCGAGGAGACAACAGAAACAUGUCUAAGAACAUGCAGUAGUCUGGACGAUGGUGAACAGAUGAUUAUAUAAAUCUAUUAAACAGCCAAAAUGUUAGUGUUCUGCAAAAUAUUUUACUCCCUAUUCUUGUUCCUAUCUGAGGUACAUGCAUCCAAACCGAAACACAAUCUCAAUCUGUUUUCCAAUGCAACAACAAAACUGCAAUCACUUUGCAGCAUCUUUUCAUUGCACAUUAUAUUUCUGGAAACUAAGCUAUGCAGUUGGGCUUGAAAUCCUGUUAACAGAAAUCGUCCUCCUCUUGUUUCUGUAGUGGCAUUAAUGGAAGCACAUAUCCAUGAGGAAAUACUUCUCAAUCUAUUUCUGUGGAACCUUUUACCUGUAUCUGCAAACCUGUACUCACUAGUACGCACUUUGGGCCACAUUGUGAUUAUGCUGCAUGAUUUUUCCUCUGAUCUUUUAACUGCCAGACAGUUAAGAUACUGGUCAAAACACUUAAAAAAAAAUUUGGCAACCUUUAUGUGGAUGUCCAAUCAGUGUUGAUGGUAAUUGUAGAAAUUGAAGAAAUACAUUUCUCCCUGACAGCUACAUUGAAAGAGAAAGCUGCUGAUGCACAUGGAGCCGUGCCGGCUGUUCCUUUAUGUAUACCAAUUCAGCACACACAGAUGAAUUAAUUGUGUUAACGACUGCAACUACCAUCAACACUGAUCAGACAUUCACAUUAAAGGUCACAAAUUUCCCCUCUAAUUGCAACCUUCCUCCAUGACACAAUUUGCAACCUUCUCUUCAAAGCCAAAAAGCUGCAAAUGCUUAAGUAUAAUAAUCUCUUGCCCGAACUAGAUUACUGUAGGCACAGGGAUAGAUUGUAUGGCAUGCGCUAUAGCAUUUAGAGAUAUUCUCAUAUUUAAAUCUUUAUUAUUGCUACGCUGGACGAUCACAAUGUUAAGCUCAUUUAGGAUACUUGUGCUUCUGUUCAGAUGUUUUGAUAUCUUUCCUUCAACUUCUCCCCAUAGAUUAUAAUGAAACGAAUGUUCAAA